AUGGCAGCGACGCGUGCGUGCUUGGUCGCCCUCGUCGUGGCUCUCGCGUUUGUCUUCUUGGAGGGACUGGCAGCAGCAGCGCCGGCGACUCCGGAGAGUAGAGCGCAGCGGCGGCGGGAGGUGCGAAGCCUCCUCAGGCGGCUCAAUAAGCCUCCUGUCGCAAGCAUUCAGAGCCUAGAUGGAGAUAUCAUAGACUGUGUGCACAUCUCCAAACAACCUGCAUUCGACCAUCCUCUCCUCAAGAACCAUACUAUACAGAUGCAGCCUUCUUACCAUCCAGGAGGCAUGUAUCAUGAAUCUAACAUCGCACCUCAUCACAUCACCCAAACAUGGCAUCAAAAUGGCAAGUGCCCUGAGAACACAAUACCAAUCCGACGGACCAAGGAGGAGGAUGUCUUGAGGGCCAAUUCCAUCAAGAGGUAUGGCAAAAAGAGGCCCCAGAGCAUCGCAAACCUCGAUUCAAUCAAUAAACCAGUAAUAUCCAAUAUAUCGACGGGGCACCAGCAUGCCAUUGCAUCUACACAGGUUGAUAACUGCCAUGGGACCAAAGCCAGCUUCAAUUUGUGGAAACCAACAAUUGCAAGGGCCGAUGACUUUAGCUUGACACAACUCUGGAUCAUUGGGGGUUCCUAUAGUGGCAACGACCUCAAUACCAUUGAAGCUGGAUGGCAGGUAUACCCAGGUCUAUAUAUGGAUAGAAAUACUAGACUCUUCAUCUACUGGACUCGUGAUGCGUAUCAAACAACAGGAUGUUACAACCUACAUUGCUCAGGGUUCAUCCAGACAAACAAUCAGAUCACCCUUGGUGGCAGUAUCUCCCCAACCUCCACCUAUGGAGGCGCACAAUAUGACAUCGACAUUUUAGUUUGGAAGGACAAGGUGGGAGGGAAUUGGUGGCUGCAAGUGGGGGGCUAUUAUGUGGGGUAUUGGCCAUCGUUCAUCUUCACCUACUUGGCAAAUAGUGCCUCCUCUGUCCAGUGGGGUGGUGAGGUAUUUUCACCUGAUGUCGGCCAAACUUCCACACAUAUGGGUAGUGGACACUUCCCCAAUGAAGGGUUCCGUCAGGCCAGUUACAUUAGGAACAUCCAAGUGGUAGAUUCCUCCAACUCUCUCAUACCGCCAAGUGAUGUGGGCUUAAUAGCUCAGCAGAACAACAGUUAUGAUGUGCAAGGUGGUGUCUAUGGAAGCGACUGGGGCACUUACAUCUACUAUGGUGGCCCUGGGAACUAA